AUGGAUGAAUCUCUUCAACCAGCUAUCAUGAUCAUCCAUUCUCUCUUGCUACAUCAAAGACAUACCGAUAAUAAAACAGAGUUAGAAUUGAAUUUUGAAGAUAAGAAAGCAACGUUUGGACUGGAUGAAUUUGCUCUGAUAACAGGCUUAAACUGUUCUCAGCUUCCAAAGCAUGUUGGAGAUAGCUACCAGCCUAUUAUGAUAAAGGAAAAAUACUUUCCUGGGAAGCAUUUUGUUUCAAGGGAUAAUUUGAAAGAAUUUAUGUUGUUUGGAACAAUUAAGGACGGUGAUGAUGCCAUCAAGAUGGCUAAGGUGUUUACAGUGACAAACAUCUUAGAAAGUAAGAGAGGAAGCACUGCAGUUGAUGAAUUCAUUAUGAAACUAGUAGAUGACAAAGAAGAUUUUGACAAGUAUCCUUGGGGUCGUCGUUCAUUCGACGAAACAAUUAAAGGUCUUAUCAGUGCUGAAGAAUGCGACAAGAAGGGCUAUGAGCUAUGUGGGUUUCCACUAGCUUUUCAAGUCUGGGGGUUUCGAAGUGAUUCCAUUGCUAGGGGAAUCGUUUGA